GUGUAGUUCCUGGGGAUUAUGAUGGUGAUUCACAAAUGGAUGUCCUUCUGACUACCCGGGCUCAAAAUUAUGGCAGAGAUGAACUUUCAGUGUUUAUUUUCUGGGGGCACAACCAAACGUUAGAUAUUAACCAUAAAACUAUGUUAAAUAAGACUUUUCAUGAUGAGCCUCUAGUAAUGGACUUUAAUGGAGACUUAAUUCCUGACGUUUUUGGUGUCACAAGUGAUUCAAGUAAGCCACAGAUAUUGAUAGGCGGGAACUUAUCAUGGCAUGCUGCAUUGGAUACUCAGAGUAAAAUGUAUAUACCACACUCUCACGCAUUUAUAGAUUUGAAUAAUGACUUCACUGCUGAUUUGUUCCUUACUAUAUCACCAAGUUCACCAAAGACACAAAACAUUCAGUUUGAGACAUGGGUAAAUACGGAUGGGAACUUCACUAAAGCUGGAAAAAGUAAGGAAAAGCCCAGUGGUGUGGAAUUUGUUGGACAAUCCGUGUUUGCAGAUUUUGAUGGAGAUGGACAAAGUGAACAUUUAUUACCUGUCUGUGAAGACGCAACGUGUCAAAAAAGUGCCAUCUACUUAACUAAGCUGGGAAUGGAUCAGUGGGUUCCAGUCUUGCAAGACUUCAGAAAUAAAGACACACUCUGGGGGUUUGUACCAUAUGAAGAUGACCGAUCUUCAACAGAAAUUUCAUUUCCAAUUACGCUUCAUAUUGGAGAUUACAAUAUGGAUGGCUACCCAGAUGCUCUUGCUAUACUAAAGAACACAUCUGGAAGCAAUCAGCAAGCGUUUUUACUAGAAAAUGUCCCGUGCAAUAACGCAAGCUGCAAGAGUGUACGUCGCAUGUUUAAAGUGUUUUGGGAGCUCUCGGAUCUAAAUCAAAUCAAGGAUGCAGUGGUAGCAACCUUCUUUGAUAUCUAUGAAGAUGGAAUCUUGGAUAUCAUUGUGCUAAGCAAAGGCUCUACCAACAAGGACUUUGCCAUCCAUACAUUAAAAAAUAACUUUGAAGCAGAUGCUUAUUUCGUUAAAGUUAUUGUUCUCAGUGGCCUCUGUUCUAAUGACUGUCCUCGGAAGAUAACACCUUUCGGUGUAAAUCAGCCUGGUCCUUACAUCAUGUACAAUACUGUAGAUGCAAAUGGAUACCUGAAAAAUGGAUCAGCUGGACAGCUUAGCCAGUCAGCACAUUUUGCUCUCCAGUUGCCAUACAAUGUGCUAGGCUUGGGACGCAGUGCUAAUUUCCUUGACCACUUGUAUGUUGGCAUUCCUCGUCCUUUAGGAGAAAAGUCCAUAAGAAAGCAAGAAUGGACAGCUAUCAUACCAAACUCUCAGCUUAUAGUCAUUCCCUAUCCUCAUAAUGUUCCUCGAAGUUGGAGUGCCAAGCUGUAUCUGACCCCAAGUAACAUUGUGCUAUUAACAGCUAUAGCCUUAAUUGGUGUCUGCGUUUUCAUCCUGGCGAUAAUUGGCAUAUUACACUGGCAAGAAAAGAAAGCAGAUGACAGAGAGAAGCGACAGGAGGCUCAUCGGUUCCAUUUUGAUGCUAUGUGACAUGCCUUGAUAUUUAUGAAGGAGCUGCUACUCGUUUGCUUAAUUGAAAUACUAAAUUCCGAUUUGUAAAAUGAUUACCGUGAAAGUCCUGUUGGUAUGCUGUCUGUAAAUGUUGCAUUAUUUAGUAUUUAUUGGGAAAGUAUUAAAAUUAGACCUGAAUGUUUCACAAAGCCUGUCAGUUACCAGAGUGUAUAUAAUACUGCAUUUGGUCUUUAUUUAACAAAAGUGUAAAUUUUUUUUUCAUGGUAAAGGGAUCAAAUGAUGUGUACCAUUGU